AUGGACGAGAAGGCCAAAGCUGCCGAGGCAAAAGCCAAAGGCAAUGCAGCCUUUGCAGCCAAACACUUCAAGGAGGCCAUUGAGCACUUCACAGAGGCGAUCAGCUACGUUCCAGACCACGUCUUUUUCUCAAACAGGUCGGCUUGCCACGCUUCGCUGGAGGAGUACGAGAAAGCCCUGGAGGAUGGCCGGAGGUGCGUGAGCUUGAAGCCGGACCGGGAUGCCGGCGCUUGGACUUCUCAGUUGGCCAUGUCGCUAAAGGGCCAAGCGGCCAAGCGCAUGCCGGACUUCUUGGCUUAA